AUGGGAAAAUCAAGAAACAACAGAAACAAGGGCGGCCAGCGUUCCGACCCUCUGGCCAAGCCCAUCAAGCCGCCAACGGACCCGGAGCUUGCGGCGCUGAGAGAGAAGAACAUUCUCCCCGUCUUGAAGGAUCUGCAGAGCUCUGAUCCAAAAUCUCGUACCUCGGCUGCUAAUGCUGUAGCCAACAUCAUUCAGGAUACCAAGUGUCGCAAAUUGCUGUUGCGGGAGCAAGUCGUUCACAUUAUCCUAACCGAGACUCUGACCGAUGCCAGCAUUGAGAGCCGGGCAGCCGGUUGGGAAAUUCUCAAGCUUUUGACUCAGGAAGAGGAGGCCGACUUUUGCGUUCAUUUGUUUAGAAUCGACAUAUUGACUGCUAUCGAAUUCGCCGCCAAGCAGGUCACAGAAUCGUUGAAGGCACAUGGAGGCGCAUUCAACAAGCGCUCAAAGGCCGAACAGACUCUCAUUUUCAACAUUGCAGAGGCGCUAGCUGCGAUUAUUUCGGCGCUGGCUGAAGCCCAAGAUGACAUGCUCGAGGUCAUUAUUCGCAAUGAGGUCAUUGUUGGUUUUCUCUUCAACCUCGUGACGAACGAAUUGGUGUCCGAGAGUGCUCGGAAUAGCAGCUUGUCAUGCAUGAUGACCCUGGCCGAGGACAACCGCCAGUUUGUGGAGACGAUUCUGGGCGACAGCCAGAGCAACAUUUUCAAGCAUCUCAUGGCAUUCAAGGCUGGCAAUGGACUGAAGGCCGUUUUGGCGUGCGGAGUACUACAUAAUGUCUUCUCUGCCAUGGAGUGGGAUGACGCAAACCCCGGUAGAGAUAACUCAACCGAUGCAUCCCUAAUUCCAACACUUGCCACUGCGCUCGAGGCUGCGCCUAACAAUGCCGCUGAUGCAGCCGACUCAAGCCCGGUUGAGAUUCUUCAGAUGGCUCUGGAGAUCCUCGCUUCAAUCGGCACCGCCCUGCAGGAGGCUCUUCAAAAGGGCAACAAGUCCAAGGGUCGUGCUGGCGCUGGUGGAUCGAAAGGACCUGGCGAUGAAGACAUGGUCAUGGAUGCCGACGAUGAUGAGGAUGACAACACAUCAGAGAAGGCACCGGAGGAGGAUGAUGACGACGACGACGAAAUGGAUGCAGAUGCCAUGGAGGCUGACAUGGAUAUGGUGACUGGCGCAGACGACUACCCCGAUGAGGCUGCCGGCCUUGACGACCUGCCGACUCUGAAGCAGCUCAUCCAAAAGGCUAUCCCACAGAUUGUCAAAGUCUCCAACAGCAGCAUUGGUGACCAAGAAGCAGCGCUUCUGGUCCGGACUCACGCUUUUAACGCGCUGAACAACAUCGCUUGGACGGUAUCAUGUCUCGAUUUCUCCGGCGACAACAACACCCCUGUCCUCGCGGCUUGGACGCCGGCGGCUCAGUUGAUAUGGAGAGAAUCGAUAGCACGUGUUCUUUCUAGCGACACAUCGGAUGUCUCGUUGGCAACUGUCGUCACAAGUUUAGCAUGGGCCAUCGCUCGUGCACUUCACGACAAGACUCCGCUUAGCGGCGAUGAGCCGAACAAGUUCAUGUCGCUUUACCACGCCUCGCUCAAUCUCCCGGGAGACGCCGAAGACCCAUUCCAAGGACUCGGCGUCAAGUGCAUUGGUGUGCUAGGACAGCUCGCCAUGGACCCUGCGCCGAUACAGCUGAACCGUGAGGUUGGAGUCUUUCUCAUUACAGUCACAUCAAAGCUUCCAGAAACACCGGCGGCGGAUGCCGUGGAAGCAUUGAAUCAAAUCUUCGAUAUUUAUGGCGAUGAAAACCUUGCUUGUGAUAAGGAGGUGUUCUGGAAGGAUAACUUUCUCAAAUAUCUUGAGGAGAUUAUGCCAAAGGUACGGACCAUGGCCAAGAAGGUUGAUAAGAGAAGCUCGACAGAACUACGGGUUCGUGCGGAUGAAGCGUCGAUGAACCUGUUCAGGUUUAUUCAGUAUAAGCAGAAGCACAAGCCUGCAAACUAA